AUUCCAAUCGAACGCAAUAAAAUUAUAUUAAAAAACUAUAAAAUUGCUCAAAUAAAGUCGUCAAACGCGUUAACGCCUGUAAACCCGACAAACCUAACGGUAACCACAAUUAAUAGCACAGUUAGCAGCAACAAGGUGCACGAUCCCCCGCACUACCAGCCCACAACCGUAGCCAUCUUCGUCGCCAACGUGCCAUCAAUAAGCACUAAAAUUGCGUCAAUAAAAAGGAAACCCUCUCCAGUCCCCAUUCCACAUAAGCAGCUCAUUCUAUCGACAGCAGCAGCAGCAGACGGCACAGCAGAGGCCUCGACAGCGGUAGCAACAGCAGUUACACCAACACCAAUACCAGCAGCGGCAGCAGGCGUAGGAGCAGUGACAGCGGCGGCGGCAGCAGCAGCAGCAGCAACAACAGCAACAACAAAUAGCCAUUUGAGCACAGCUUUAGGUGGCAACUCUACGGAAGCAUCAGUGGCAACAACAACAGCAACCAACGAAGAAGUCACAGACAACACCAAUAAUCUUGCUGACAUUACAGCAACACCGAACGCAUUAGCGUCAACAACAACGACAACAACAACAACAACAACCGGUACACCAAUUGUCGUCGACUAUUUGAGUCAACAGCAGUUGCAGCAACAACAACAACAAGCGGUACAACAACGCUCCACCACCGCUUCCGCUGCUGCUGCUAAUUUGAUUUCACGUCAAACGUCGCAACAACAACACCAACUGUCGCAUUCACAGCCACAGCAGCAGCCGCUGCUGUACACGUGCUCCUCCGCAUCGCUGGCGGCUUCAUCGUCAUCGAUAUUGGCUCAGCCGCCGCCAACGAAGAUUUUUAAGACGGAUCAUUUGUGUGUGAACGCUUACGGUUUGCCCACUGUUGCCGCUGCUGCUGCUGCUGGGCAUCCUUGCGUCUACUGUGUCAUACCAGUUGUGGGAAGUUCUUCCACAGUACCGCCACCGCGUACAGCCUUCCCCGGUGCACCACCACCAACUUCAGCAGUCGCAUUAAAGGGGGCCCCCAGGCCAGCUAUGACUAGUCCAGCAGCAGCAGGCGGCUUAGCAGGUGCUCCGUAUCGCGGUGCCAGUUGGACACCACAGGGUUACGCUCCGGCUGCCGCUGCAGCGGCUGCUGCUGUCGCUCAACAAGCCUAUAGAUAUACAGCUCCAUUGCCGCAACCGGCAUACGCGGCCUAUACACCGCAUACAGCAACAACACCAGCUACAACUACGUACGGUCAGCGUGUACCAACUGCAGCAUCGCCAAGUAAUACGAAUUCAAGCAGCUCAUCAAAUACCGGCUCACAGAGCGGAACUUUAAGUACUAGUCUGAGUAAUACCAAUACAAAUACAACAAUGGGUCCUAGUAACGGUACACAGCAACAAGGUGAACAAUUGUCAAAAACAAAUUUGUAUAUUAGAGGAUUGCAACAAGGCACAACCGAUAAGGAUUUAGUAUCUAUGUGUGCACAAUAUGGAACGAUUAUUUCAACCAAGGCUAUUUUAGAUAAAACAACAAACAAAUGUAAAGGUUAUGGCUUUGUCGACUUCGAGUUGCCAGCAUAUGCCGAGGGUGCCGUCAAGGGACUACAAGCUAAGGGCGUUCAAGCUCAGAUGGCCAAAGUGGGUAUCUGGGUGCUUCAUAGGCCGGCCAUUCAACAAGAACAGGAUCCAACAAAUUUGUACAUUGCAAAUUUGCCACCACACUUCAAAGAGACGGACUUGGAGAAUAUGCUCUCGAAAUAUGGGCAAGUUGUAUCGACUCGCAUAUUGCGCGAUCAGCAGAUGAACUCAAAAGGUGUUGGCUUUGCACGCAUGGAGAGUCGCGAGAAAUGUGACCAAAUCAUACAGAUAUUCAAUGGUAAUACAAUACAGGGUGCCAAAGAUCCACUUUUGGUUAAAUUCGCCGAUGGUGGUCCGAAAAAGAAGAAUCUCUAUAAGAAUCCUGAUCCAAAUGCGCGAACGUGGCGUGAUCCCACCGAAGGGAUGCCGGUCACCUAUGAUCCGACAAUGCAACAGAAUGGUGUUAGUGUUAAUGUUGGCACACCAAUUGGCGUGCCGUAUUCACGUUUUAGUGCACCACCAGUGAGCAGUUAUCCAAUGACGACUGGUUCGCAAUGGAUACCCGGUUAUAUGAUGACACAACAAAUACCACAAGUUGAGGAUCAAUACAUACAUAUGUCUGCUGCCCCACAAUUGGGUGUCACAUCCUACAAACCAGACGCUGUUAAUCAGGUGCAACCACGCGGCAUUUCGAUGAUGGUUAGUGGUGAUCCGUCUGUGCCAUACGCACCAAUGGUGCCACAAUUAGCCACAUUGCAAAUUGGCAAUUCCAAUUUCUCUCCAUCAUUACAGUAUAUUAGUCCAACUUAUCCAUAUUAUGCACAACCAACAAUUAUUCCAACAAUGCCAAUGACAGAUUCCGAACAGGCUAGCACAGCUGCAUCACCCGAUGAGGCAUAUACACAGUAUCCACAUCCAGCCGCUCCCAAAUAGGUCAUCGCGAGAUGUAAUAUUAUGAUGCCGCGAUUGACACUCUAAUGGGAGUUGGAAGUGGAAUCGGAUAAACGCGAACAACAUAAUAAUAUGCAACAGUAGUAUAUACGAUAAUGAUAACAACAACAACAAACAACAGUAACAAAACAACAAGCCACAAGUGGAAGGACAACAACAACACGAAGAAACACAAAAACAAUACAAAUAAUGCAACAACUUAAACAACAACAACCACAACAGUAACUGCAACAAGGAAAUCGGCGACAACCAACAACAACAAUAAAAACAAAUAGCACAUAAAAAAACCAAAAAUAAUAAAAAUAAAGAAUAAAAUGAAGUAAAUAAAUGCAGGUUGCUGCUUACGAGAAAAUAGUUAAAAACAAAUGAUUUACAAAUAUUUAAAGCAGUUUUCUGCCCAUAAAAGCAAAUGUAAGAGAAGAGGCAACCAAAACCACUUGCUAAGCAUAUGAACAUAAUAAUGAAACAGAAGUAAACAGAAUAUAAGAAAAAAU